UUUAUUGUAAAAAGCCCAAUUAUUGGUUUCAGUGUGUUAACCCAACCAUGGGAAACAAGCUUUUAUUAAUUUCUGGGAUAUGUGGUUCUCUAAUGGGGCACGUGACUGAUUUCCUGGAUCUAAAGGUUUCAUUACAACAUGAGAUAUACAUUACAUGUGCAUUCAUUUCCCUUUAUUGUCCUCACCUCCAACUGGUAUCACAUUGCUUAUAUAGAGCACUGUAUAGAUUUCAGGUCACAUUUUCUUGCCACACUCCUUCAUGCUUUGAUAGGAUUACAUUACCAGCUGCGGGCUGCUUCACCUGUGUUGUGUGAUGUGAUAGAGAAAUGCACGUGGUCGGACAUGGCCUAUUUAAGCCUUUAGGCUGCUUAUCAUGCCCACAGGAUGAUGGGAACCAGCUGAUUUCCUGAGAUCCUGUUUAGACUUUUAUAGACCUAUUGCUGGUUGCGUGUAGUAUAGUCACUGGACUACAAAUCCACGGGUGUUUUCUGCUGAAUAUAGAAGUCCAUCCUUGGGGUAAGCACAUGAUAUCUACAGCUUUGCUUAAAUGCAAAAAUAAAAAAGGGAGAAUGAGAAUAGAGCAGUUUUUCACAUUUAGUCUGGGGUGUCCUUAGUAAUAAGUAUUGUUUGUUUCUUUAACCUCUUAUUGCUUAGGUGUCGUAUCCUUUGUACAUUUAAGUGCAGCAGGCUUAAUUAUCUUGCUUUACUUUGCAGCUCAACUUCUGACUGUUGUAUUUAUAUGUAUAUAGAGAGAAGAUGGCAAGAUGUAAAGAUAUGUUACUGCUUAGCAGUGGUACUGGUACCACAAAUGAGAGUGCAAUAAGAUGUAUAUUAGAUGUUAUUCUAGAGUUCCCAAUCAUAGCUCUCAAGAACCUCACCUUUUUAGUAUUACUUUGCAGUGGUUUGAACACAGUAGUAUGCAAUAAAGUUUGCAGAAUCAUUUAUGUAGAUAUCAUUGGAUUUGUUUUGUGUAAUGUUUAUAGGUAAGUAAAUAGUUCAGUGUAUUUUAACAUCCCAGCAUGAUUUGGGGUUCUAAGAGUUUGUAUGAUGUCAUAUUUAGUAUGUAUUGGUAAUAUUUGUAACACUUAGUGCUACACUAUUUACUUUUUUCCCCACUGGAUGUCUUCCUUACUGAAGUGCUGAGCUUCCGAUGUGGUUUUACCUUUACAACUCUCUAGCCUGUAGCUGUUGCUGAGCCACAUCUUCCCUGGCUGGACUUGAAACAGCUGGGGACCUACAUUCUGGAUAACCCUAAAUGUAUGCCUCAAGAUCAUUUUAUUUAUAUUUAUUACCUUAUAAGAUGAUCAUACGUAACUACCUGUAAUAAGCUAGCAUAGCAGAGUGAGGAAGGGAAUCAUUUGUGUAAGAAUAAAAACUGACUGAUAUUGUUGCUGCAGCUCUGCUUGCUGAAAUCGGAGAGCAAUUACUUUAGCUCAGUGUGGUUAUUUAGUUCAUACUUAUAAAGAUUGCAUUCCAGAAAUAGCCAGGGCAGUGUGUGAUUUGCAGUUCUACCAAGAGCUACUUUUUAUUGUACUAGGGACAAUACUAUAUACAUUCAGUAAGCAAGCUGAUAAUGCUGAGAGCUGCACUUCAGAAUAAAGUUUGGCAUUCCAAAUUCCACACGUAGUUAAUAGGUAAAGGCAACACGUGAAAGCAAAUGGUGAGGUGUAUAUUCUACAGUUCCAUGUAGUGGGCAGUAUACUUUCCCAUUUAUGUUGCUCUGUCUGCUUUGCAUAUUUCUCUCCCAUGGUAUCGUUGGGCAGGGUGGUGCAUGUGGAGUAGAAAGUUUAAUUGUAUGUGUGCACCAUCUGUCUGUCUGAAAACACUUGUGAAAAACCUAACCUUACAUUUCAGACAUUGCUAACUGACACAGACAACCAUGCUGGAGAAAUAUCAUAGCCAUGCUAUAUUUUAUCUCUCUCCAUGAAAAAAUAGUUAGAAAGUGGAAUAUGCUGUCAUUUUUUGUGCCAUUGUUCCCUGUUGACUGGUGUGACUGCCCAUGUUUAGGUUUCAAUUCUGAAGAUUCUUCCAGAAUGAGUUUCUUGGAUGAAAUUCCAUUCAAAAUCCACGAAGUGUACACAAACGUGCCGUCUGUGGAGAGGCCUAUCAGUCCAUCAAAUAUCAAUAUCCCAGACUGCAGCGAGCUGCUAAUGUGCACUGUGCAUGAUUUCACCACGGAGAAGAAGGUCUUGGAGUGGGUGGAAGGAUUAUAUAGUAAAAAUGGUUCUCCUGCUGAUAUCAGACCCACUGCCCCUCCUUAUUGGAUGGUUCAGAAUGGAAGGGGUGUUUCACCAACCAGACGCACAAGCCCUCAGAGACCUAUCUUUCCCAUGCGCAGAUGCAGGAGCCUAAGCGCCUCAGAUGCCAUUCCCAUACGCCAGAGGAGCAGCUGGGGUGGCUUAGAAAGCAUGGAAAAUGGAGAAAUGUUUGAGGAAGAGGAUGGCUACUCUGAGGAUGAUGAGUACUCUACAUCAGAGGAAAGUGAGAUGGAAGCAAGGCAAAGAGAGGCAAGGUCACGAUCUUGCAAGACAAGUCCGCAACCCCAGCGGUCAUCCCGGCCCAGCACUUCUCCAUUUGUACCCAGCCCCCCAUCCAGAUGUCACUGUCAAAAAACAGACUUCUCUCCUCCCUCUUGCAACAUUAAGAAGAGGAAAUCAUUUACCUAUCUAAACAGUUCAAAGAGUGAGGUAGAGUUGGCUAACAAAAGGAUUUUGGCUCUAGUGCACCCCACCAAGUGUGUCUCUGAAGGUAGAGGACUUCCCCAAAAUCAGCGACACAAUCGCUAUGGCCAGCCCCUCAGUCCAACACAACCACCUCCUGCUCCCAGCUGCUGCUGCCGAGCAAAGAGACCCUCCAGUGCAGGCUCCAUCCCACCAAUACAAUGCCACAAGCCCACCACUCCGUCUCUGAGCCCAUACUCUUGCCUUCCACCUAUGAGACAUCGCCAAUCUGACUCCUCAGGGGAUGUCCUGUUGGCCCUUAGCCAAGAAGAACGUGAUGUCAUCAAGGCUGUGACAUCACUGGGAUACCCACUGCGUAGAGCCAUGAUUGCUCUUCAGAAAAUGGGAGAGCAGAGCUUGGAGCAGGUCCUUGGCUACUUAGGAGCCACUGACAGACUUCGCAAAAUUGGGUAUGAGGAGGGUCUCAUAGAGGAGGCCAUGGAAAUGUUCCAGAACUCCGAGAUAAAGGCAGCCGAGUACCUCCGUCUCUUGCUUCAGUUUAAUGACAUGGGCUUCCAGCAGGAUGACAUUAAGGAAGUGCUCCUGGUCCAUGACAAUCACAGGGAUCGGUCUCUGGAGGAACUCAUGAGCAGAGCUCAGUAAGAACAGGGAACCUCAGCUCACCAAGACCACAGGGAAAGAAGUGCUAUAGAGCCACAUGCUUCAGACGUGGGUUAUGUAGGUUUCGUUGUAAAUCAAGCACAAGGAAACUUUUCUCUUCUCAAAUUCUCUCCAUUGACAGCAUUGGAUAUUUGGGAUUCAGCAGCCAUGGGAGAAGAGAUUUUUGAUUCCAACAAGACUAAUUAAUGGGAUUGGUGCAAAAGAAUGUUAAAACCCUAUGUGGGUUUUUAAAGUAAAGCUGGCCAUACACGGGCAGAUCCGUUCGCUUGGCGAUGUCG